UAUUCUGGCGCCGCUGACUCCAGGGCUGGACUAUCCUCUGAGUCGGGUGAGGCUGGAGUUGGGAGCUGGGCGCCACUGUGGCCGCUGCUUUUCUGAGGGAAAAGAGCGCGGAGUGGGCCAGGUUUUGCAGGCCGGGCCGAAGGUGGAGAAAAGGUUCCUGUGGAGCCUCAGGCCGCUGUGCGUUUUUUUCCCGGGACUGAGCUUCUGCAGCCCUGAGGCCUGGAGGCCCGGGCGGUAGUAACUGUGCCGGGCCAGGUUCGUGGGUGCGGCCUAUGGUGCAGUUGGAGACCGAGGCCCCGCGCAUCCUCGUCCGCGCUUCAGCCACUUAGGCUCGGCCGUAGCGAAAAGGCCCAAGAGGGAAGUCAGAGGUGAACGCCCCAGGAUGAAGGUCCCCUGCAAAACGCUGGGACCUAGAUUUGGGGUGGCGGUUAGUUCGGGCCAGGGAAGCGUGGAGGGUGUGUUCCAAUCGAGUCAAGAAAAGCCUGGGGUGUCCUGAACUCUGCCUGCUUCCCCAGCCCUGCCAGUUUCCAGAGAAGGCGCCUGAGAAGGAGAAACGAAUCGCUGCUGCUCUUCUAAAAGCCGGUUCCCUCUCUGGCGUCUGUGGACCCUGCUUCUGAAGUACAUGAACCUUGAGGAAAAUUGACCAGUUCUAGCAGUUCUAAAAUCAUGGCUCGUGAUUUGGUGAUGUUCAGAGAUGUGGCUGUAGACUUUUCUCAGGAAGAAUGGGAAUGCCUGAACUCAUAUCAGAGGAAUUUGUACAGAGAUGUGAUAUUAGAGAACUAUAGCAACUUGGUGUCACUGGCAGGAUGUUCCAUUUCUAAGCCAGAUGUGAUCACGCUAUUGGAACAAGGGAAAGAGCCCUGGAUGGUUGUGAGGGAUGAGAAAAGAAGAUGGACUCUAGAUUUGGAAUCCAGAUAUGACACUAAAAAGUUAUUUCAAGGAAAGGAUAUUUAUGAAAUGAACUUAUCUCAGUGGAAGGUAAUGGAAAGAAUUAAAAGCUGUGGACUUGAAGAACAAGAAAGUCCUCAUGAGGUGUGUUUCAGGCAAGUGACAAAAACCACCUCUGAAAAAAUGCCUACUUACAGAAAACUCACAUCUCUUCCUCUGUAUCAGAAAAGUCAUAACAGAGAGAAACCCUAUGAAUGUGGGGAAUGUGGGAAGGCUUUUAGAGUACGACAACAACUUACUUUCCAUCAAAGAAUUCAUACUGGUGAGAAACCCUAUGAAUGUAAAGAAUGUGGAAAAGCCUUUAGACAGUGUGCCCACCUCAGUCGACAUCAGAGAAUUCAUACUUCUGACAAACUCUAUGAAUGUAAAAAAUGUGGAAAGAUCUUCACAUGUGGCUCAGACCUUCGAGUACAUCAGAGAAUUCAUAUUGGUGAGAAGCCGUAUGAAUGUAAAGAAUGUGGGAAAGCCUUUAGAGUUAGAGGACAACUUAAUCUCCAUCAAAGGAUUCACACAGGUGAGAAACCCUAUGAAUGUAAAGAAUGUGGGAAGGCCUUUAGGCAGUAUGCACACCUUACUCGACAUCAGAGACUGAACAUUGCUGAGAAGUGCUAUGAGUGUAAGGAAUGUGGUCAGGCGUUUCUGUGUAGUACAGGCCUUCGACUACAUCACAAACUUCAUACUGGAGAAAAACCCUAUGAAUGUAAGGAGUGUGGAAAGGCCUUUAGAGUGCGGCAGCAACUUACUCUCCAUCAGAGAAUUCACACUGGUGAGAAGCCUUAUGAUUGUAAGGAAUGUGGGAAGACUUUCAGUCGUGGCUAUCAUCUAACUCUCCAUCAGAGAAUACAUACUGGUGAGAAGCCCUAUGAAUGUAAGGAAUGUCAGAAGUUCUUUCGUCGUUACUCAGAACUUAUUUCACAUCAGGGUAUUCACAUUGGAGAGAAACCUUAUGAAUGUAAGGAAUGUGGGAAGGCAUUUAGACUGUUCUCACAGCUUACUCAACAUCAGAGUAUUCAUUUUGGUGAGAAACCCUUUAAGUGUAAGGAAUGUGAGAAGACUUUUAGACUGCUUUCACAACUUACCCAACAUCAAAGUAUUCAUACUGGUGAAAAGCCCUAUGACUGUAAGGAAUGUGGAAAGGCCUUUAGACUUCAUUCAUCACUGAUUCAACAUCAGAGAAUUCAUUCUGGUGAGAAACCAUACAAAUGUAAGGAAUGUAAAAAGGCAUUUAGACAACAUUCACAUCUUACUUACCAUCAGCGAAUUCAUAAUGUAACUUAAUAAUUAUUAGAACUCUUCCUUUGCAGAUUUUAUGUUGAGCAUAGGAAGUACAUUCUAGAGGAAAGGUUUUUGAACGUGGGAAUCCCUUUUGCUUCAUGCUCACAACUAAGCAUAGGAAGUUUUAUUUAAAGGAAAGAAUAUGUUAAUGAACAUAUAGAAGCCUUUCAUCACCUUUGAAACCAUGUUAAACUUUAGGAAAUUCAUCCUAGAAAAGAACUUUAUUACAGGACUGAAUGUGGAAAAGCUUUUGAUCUUACCUAUUAUUAUCUCCAUAUUCUUCCAUCUGUGUAUAUACACACGAAGGUUGCCAGGGAACCACUUCAUUCUGAAAAUGUGUAAAUGAAAGGAAAGUCAUUUAGUCUGCAUUUCCUGUAGGAACUGUAUUUCAAGGCAACCAGAAGUUAAGGAGGUAAAGUUCUUCUUUAUUAGAAAAUUCCAGGCUAAUAAAUGCAGAAAGAAUAAUAGAAAAUUAUAUUAGAAAAACUAUUGUGUAACACAUAAUGAAAUAAUGGAUCUAGGCAUGAUUCUCUGUAGAGGCUGACACCAUUCAGUGAAGGUUGUGAACUUUACAGUGAAUAGAUGAGACUGACAACGUCUGAACCCACUCAUCAUCUCAACUUCACAAAAAGCAAGAGAGUAAAAAUUACGUGCCUCCUAAUGUGAUACAGUAAGAUAUACACAUCUUGCCAAAAAUAUUGAACCUGAAUUUAAGCCUCAAGAGCCAACUCCCAGUUUAGAGAAAAUUCAAGGAAUGGAAGAGUAAAUUACAUGACACAAAAAGGAGCAAUUAAAUCUAAAAUCAGGGUAGUUCUACAAGAGGAAUCACUUGGUUUCCCAACCAAUAAAAUGGCAUUUUAAGAAAUAAGGUGGAACUCCUAGGUGUUGACAGACUUGAGACAUCAAUCAAAUGCAAUGAAAGAGUGGUUUUUACUUAGAUCAUGAGUUGAACAAACAUGUGAAAGAAGAGAUACUUACAAUAAUUGGGAGAAUGGAAUAUUGACAAUAUUAGAUAAUAUUAAGAAACUUUUUUAUGUGUGAUAAUAGCAUUGUGGUUAUGUAAAAGUAUAUUUGUUAGAGAUAAUUUCUGAAGUUUAUACACAGGAGAUGAUAUAUCGGGAAUGUCCUUUUGUUCAUACAAAAGAAAAAUGAGGAUGAAUAACAAGUUUGGCAAAAUGAUGGUAACCUAAGUCUUGGAUACAUGGAUUUUAUUUGUUUUGUUUUUGCUAUUCUACUUUUGUGUAUUUAAAAUUUUCCAUGAUGUUCUUUUAAAGAUCAAAUUAUCCAUGAAAUUAUAAUCAGUUUAAAAUGAAUUAUUUAAAAAAAAAUUUCUGGCUGGGCCCAGUGGCUCAUGCCUGUAAUCCCAGCACUUUGGGAGGCCGGUGGGCAGAUCAUGAGGUCAGGAGUUCGAGACCAGCCUGACCGUCAUGGUGAAACCUCAUCUCCACUAAAAAUACAAAAAUUAGCCAGGCGUGGUGGCAUGCGCCUGUAAUCCCAGCUACUUGGGCAGCUGAGACAGGAGAAUCACUUGAACCCAGGAGGCAGAGGUUGCAGUGAGCCGAGAUCAUGCCAUUGCACUCCAGCCUGGGCAACAAGAGCAAAACUCUAUCUCAAAGAAAAAAAGAAAAUUUCUACAUAUUAAAACUUGUGGAUGUUGCCAAAGCUCUACACAUUGGGAUUGGAAUAUUAAUUACAUUAUAAUGAUGAUAAUGUAUUCAGGAAGUUAAAAUGUAGGUCCACAUUUUAUUUAGUUGACCUCUCUAUCUCUGUAUUAUAGUACCCAUGGUAUGCACCUCUUUUUUUUUUUUUUUUUUUGAGACGGAGUCUCGCUCUUUCGCCCAGGCUGGCGUGCAGUGGCACAGUCUCGGCUCACUGCAAGCUCUGCCUCCCGGGUUCAAGCCAUUCUCCUCCCUCAGCCUUCCGAGUGGCUGGGAUUACAGGCGCCCGCCACCACACCAGGUUGAUUUUUGUAUUUUUAGUAGAGAUGGGGUUUCACCAUGUUGGCCAAGCUGAUCUCAACUCCUGACCUCAGGUGAUCCACCUGCCUCGGCCUCCCAAGGUGCUGGGAUUACAGGCGUGAGCCACCAUGCCCGGCUCUCACUUCAUAUGUUUAAAGAAUGAGUAAAAGAAAGCAAUUACUACUGCUAAAUGUGGGAAAUAAUGGACUAGACCUGUACUAAUAUAUGGUAGUCACUAGCAACCUGUUGAGCACUUGAAAUUGAGUUACUGAGCACUGAAAUGUGGCUAGUCCAAAUUCAAAUGGUGUUUUUUUGUAAAACACAAGAUUCUGAAGACUUAGUUAUUUUAAAAAAGUUAAGUAUCUUAAUUUUUCAUAUUGAGUACAUAUUGAAAUAAUAUUUUAGAUAUAUUGGUUCAAAUAAAAUACAUUAAAAUGAAUAACACUAUUUUUUGUUUUUAAAAGUGUUAUAGGAAAAUUUAUAUAUGUAGCUCACGUAUUUCUGUUGUCAGCGCUGGCAUAAACAAUAAAAAGUAGACUUGG